CUCUCUCUCUCUCUAAUCCUCUAUCUUUCUCUCUCUCUAAAACUGAAUUCUAUGGACAAAGGAGGAGGUGGAUUGAGUCUAGAUCACACUCCCAAUUCAGUCUCCCUCCCUUUUCUCAUCAAGCGCAAGCAGCCAAUGGACUCGGCCCAUCGCUUCGACGAGGUGGACUUCUUCUCCGGCGAGAAGAAGGCCCGGCCAACUACCGCCGAUAACACCAAUCUCGAUCUCACCAUCAAGAAAGAAGACCUCAACAUCAGUACCGGUUUGAACCUCCUCACUGUGAACACGGGCAGCGAUCAAUCGACGAUCGAUGAUGGGUCGUCGAUGAAUGAAGACGAUAAAGAAGCAAAACAUGAGUUAGCGGCCAUGCAAGCUGAACUAGCAAGAAUGAGCGAGGAGAAUCAAAGACUGAGAGGUGUUCUCAGCCAGGUGACCAACAACUACAAUGCCCUUCAGAUGCAUCUCCUCGCGCUUAUGCAGCAGCGCAGCCAGCGAGCCAAUGAUCAGGUUGACGAUGAGAAAACUGACGUGAAGAAAGUCGAGAACGGAUCGAUCCCUAUCAUGCCGAGGCAAUUCAUGGAUCUCGGCCCAUCGAGCACGGCCGCGGAGGCCCAAGACGAGCCCUCUCACUCCUCCACGGACGCCGGAAGCCCGGUCCGUUCGGCAUCGCCUACCAACAAAGAGAUGGUGCCAUUCGGGAGGGAGGAGGCCCCUGAGGCUAAACUGGCGAAUUCUUCCUCCAAGGGGGCCGAGCAGGCCCAAGAGGCGACUAUGAGGAAGGCCCGUGUAUCUGUCCGAGCCCGAUCCGAGGCGCCCAUGAUAACUGAUGGUUGUCAAUGGAGAAAGUACGGGCAGAAGAUGGCGAAAGGGAACCCAUGCCCGAGGGCUUACUAUCGAUGCACCAUGGCUACGGGCUGUCCCGUUCGCAAACAAGUUCAAAGAUGUGCCGAUGACCGUACGAUACUGAUCACAACAUACGAGGGAAACCACAACCAUCCGUUGCCUCCGCCAUGGCGAUGGCGGUCAACGACAUCAGCCGCCGCGUCGAUGCCUAUCGGGCGUCGAUGUUCGAGCACCGACGGCGCUAAUGAACUCCACUUCUUGGCUCGAACCAUACUGCCUUGCUCGUCAAGCAUGGCCACAUCUCCGCUCGCGCCCUUCCCUACUGUUAAUUGACCUGACCACACUCCCAACCCUCUCCAAUUCCAAAGGCCGCCGAAUGUCCAGUUCCAGCUCAAUUUCCCAAAUGCGCCGCAGCGGGAUUCGGUGCCGCCGCCGCAGCAGUCACCGUCACCCGCGGUCUUCGGGCAGUCUUUGUACAACAACCAAUCGAAGUUCUCGGGGCUCCAGAAGUCGCGCGGGUCGACGGUGCCAAGUUGGCCACCCCGAAGCCACAGUCAGGCAGCCGCAGUCGCUAGUGAUACUACGUCAGUGCGCGACCCGAGCAAUUACGGCGCCAUCCCAAUUUCACGCGCCGCAUUGGCUGCCGCAAUCACGUCGAUAUCGGAGGGAGGCAGUUCAAACACGAACAACAACAACAACAACAGUAACAGUACAAGUAACAGAUCCAACAGUUCGAACUUUCCAAGUAGCUAAAAAGGGCUUAGAGUUUUAUUUUGGUUUUGUGAAGGAAGGAAAAUACGUGUUUAUUAAGUUUUGUUUUAUCAAUUAUUAUUUAUUUUGUCUUUUGUUUUGGGGGGGAUUUAUGUGUUAGUAAAUGAUGAUAGAAUAAAGACAAGAAAAGAAUUUGGUCUA